UUCUGUAUUUGGACUAUAUUUAUAUACAAUGUAUUUUCAUGGGAAAUAUUCAUUGGGAAUGAAAGGGGUUAAAUGACGCCUGUUGCACCUGAUGAGCUCUUCGGAGCUCGUAAACUGUCAUCUGAAGCUGACAAAGAAAGCCGCUGUAGGCUGUAAGGUUUGCAGCCGUUUUCAGCCUGCAGCAUUCAGUUGAGCGGCAACCGUAGCGGAGCUUGUUCCUGUCUGCUCUAUCUGCAGGUAACAGCUUCAGCUAUAGAUUCCAGCUACUCGAGAAGACGAUGCAAGCUGUGGUGUUUUACGGCAGCAUCUUGCUUUUCCACCUUUUCCUCUGUGUGCAUUCUCUACCCGUACUCGACCGAAGGACCACCAAACAGCAGCUGCAGGGACUGCCUCACAGUAAUAGUCACACUGGACUUAAGUGGGGAAGACACAAACAGGUCACGCUAAAUGGCGAAUACCAUUUUAAGUCUGUUCUGGGAUCCCAAAAUGGCACCAAGUUCUGGAUACGUCCCCAUUGCGGAGUCCCAGACCAUUCCACCUUAACGCUGGUUGACAUGCUACAUCACAAUCCAAAGAAAAAGAGACGCAUGAGUAGAGAGCAGCGCAGGAGGAGAUUUGCUCUCUUUGGAGGACGAUGGGACAAGACUGACCUCACUUACAAGAUCAUGCGUUUCCCUUGGCAGAUAAGUGAAGAUAAAGUGCGCCGUGUAUUCCGCGAGGCAUUAGCUGUGUGGAGUGAAGUCACUCCUCUGAGGUUCAGAGAGGUCACCAAUGAGAAAGCAGACAUCAUUAUUGACUUCAACAGAUACUGGCAUGGGGACAGUUUACCGUUUGAUGGUCCAGGAGGAAUCCUUGCCCAUGCCUUUUUCCCACAAACACACAGAGAGGGAGAGGUCCACUUUGACUAUGAUGAACACUGGGCAUUGGGUAAUGAUGUGGGCACUGAUCUCCUACAUGUGGCAGCUCAUGAGUUCGGCCACGUCCUGGGACUGCAGCACUCCCUGGAGCCUGACGCUGUCAUGUGUCCUUUCUAUACUGACUCAUACCCUCUACAGCUGAGCGAGGAUGACAAGAGGGGUAUCCAGUACCUUUAUGGACCGCCUCGGUACACACCACCUGAGACGACAGAAACCAAUGAAAUUGAGACUGAAUUGCCGGACGCCUGCAGAAUAAACUUUGAUGCUGUGUCCACCAUCAGGGGAGAGCUGUUUUUCUUUAAGUCUAAAUACGUUUGGCGUAUUCGUAAUGGACAGCUACAAGCAGGCUAUCCAGCUUUGUCUUCACGGCACUGGAGGGGAAUUCCUAACCAUAUUGAUGCUGCAUAUGAAGACAAGAAUGGCAACAUCUGGUUCUUCCAAGGUGACAGCUACUGGGUGUUUGAUGCUGAGAGGAAGAUAACAGGGCCAGAUCCAGUAUGGCGACUGGGUCUUCCUGUAACAGACAUUCAAGCAGCAUUGAAGUGGGCACAAAACCACCAUGAGAGAGUCUAUCUCUUCAAGUCUGGUUCUUAUUGGCCCUUCAAUGUCCAGGAGAACCGAAUAGAUGACAUCCAUCCUCACAGCAUGCACGAGUGGGCUGGAGUGCCAAGUCAUAUUGAUGGAGCAUUUUGGGAUAGCUAUGGCUAUGCCAAUUUCCUGAGUGGUUUUCAAUACUGGAAGUUUGACCCUGAGACACUUAAGGUACUGGAAGGCUAUCCCCGAAGCAUCGGCAUGGAUUUCUUUGGUUGCUCUGCCUCUUGAUCUUGAGUACAUGAGUACAUUCAUGUACCAAACAUUUACUAAACUUUUGAAAACCAGUCGUAAUAUUUUUCAGUGUUAUACUCCAUUGAGGUGAUUUAAAGAAAGAUCAAAAAAAUCUUUCAUUUCAUUAUGAUUAUCAUACAACAAACUGUAAUUAUCUGUUGCAACAGAACCAUAAAAAAACAAUGGUUUUGCUAUUCAAAAUACAAACAUACAUAUGUUUUAUACAUUUUAUUAUAAGUGUUUGUAAUAGGUCAGCCGCUCCAACAACACCGUUACAGUUGCCUCUGUGGGUAAAAGGUUCAAGUGGGUAAAAGUUCAAGUGGGCCUGCCACCGUAAUGUAAAGUGCUGUCAAAUAACACCUUGGUUGUUAUUUGACAGUAUGCAUGCAUGGAAGCUAUAGUAUGUUUCAAGAUCAUGCAUCUAUGGUUCAGUACUGAUAAUUUAAAUGCACAUAAUUUUCUUGUUGCAAAAAAAAUCUAGUUAUGACUAGCCAUGUGAGACUGGAUCUUUUGCUAUUGAACAAAGAGGAACAUGGAGAAGUUUGUCUCUUUCAUGGGUAAAAUGCUUACACAGCCUCCUUUAAACACAGCCCUGGACAUUUAGCUCUGCAAAUAAUUUCUUAACAAAAAUUCAGGAUUUCAGGAUUUUUUGGCAAUGCUUAAUUGUGUAAGUAAGCACAGGGCUGUGUUCAGUCGAGUAGUUAGUUAUGAUCUAAGGUCCUGUAGACAAGGCAAAUCAGUACCUCAUAGGACGCACACAAUUCUGUUCUUUUCACUGCACUCAGUUAGUGCAUUUUUAUGGAGCUAUGCAAUAGUCCCUGUUAUCUGUUUAAGGGCUUUAUAUUGAUUCUCUGAUGUUUAUGUUUUAUGUUUUAAUGUUCCAGAAUAUUAAAAAGUAGGAUAUAAAGGCUGAUAAUAUGAUGUUGUUUACUCUAAAUUGGGUUCUGAGAGGGAAAUGUAACAUAGCUUCACUGUGGUGUGACUCAUUGUAGAUUAUAUAUGAAUAUUAAAUGUGUCUACUUGUAUUCAGGAUAAUACUGCUUGAAAUCAGUGCAGGACAUUGAUGGUUGUAUAUCACUGACCUGUAAAAUACACUGUGUUGACCUACAAAAUCAGCAGUCUAGUGUAGCUGGACAUCUUUAGCUGUGAUUCAACCAACAUCAGUGCGCCUUAGUAACAUUUUCAGGUCUAUAUGUGCUUUUAACAUGUAUUGGUCUAUUUGCCUUUGUACUCAGUGACUUGUUGUGUGAAUAAAUCUGUUUUUCAUUUGCAAUAAAAAAACGUGUUUUCUAUUUCUGCAGAUUA